AGAAUACCCAUUAGGAUCCCUACAAGGAGGCCAUUCAGUAAAAAAACGACUUAUAGAGUUAACCACUCAACAAAUCAAUCCCGUUAAGAGACAGGCAUCCAGCGCGAACACAAAAUGCGUAUAACUUUCGUGGUUCUUGCUGGUUUAUUCCAAGCUGUAUUAAUUUUGCUGUUUGCGUUGCUUACUGAUUAUGGAGAUCACGGGUUGCCUGCUCACAGACGUAAGGGGGCAAAACUCAACGAGACGACGUCGAAACUUGAAGUCAAUGACAUCGCCGUGUACUAUCCAAUGUUCCAGGAUGUCCAUGUUAUGAUCUUCUUCGCUUUCCCUUUCCUACUGUCCUUCUUAAAGCGGUUCGGGUACAGUGGCAUCUGCACUGCCUUCUUUGGGGCCUCCUUAGCAGCUCAGUGGGCCAUCAUCUGCUCUGGAGUAUUCACUGGGCUGAUUCACGGAGAAGCGCACAUUCAAGUCAACAUACAAUCGCUUUGCUUGGCAGACUACACAACUGCUGUGGUGCUGAUCGCGUACUGUACUACCAUGGGGUACGCCAGCCCAACCCAGCUCAUAAUCAUCUCCUUCUUCCUGCCAAUCUUCUACGGUUUGCUGGAAAUGGUCCUGUUCCACUACCUUCUGAUAGCGGACGCAGGUGGAAGCAUCCUCAUACACUCGUUUGGCGCCUAUUAUGGCAUGGCCUUUUGUAGAAUGAUGUACCGAAAGGACGCGGUGGAUCACCCUAAAGAGGACGCUAGCUACACCUCGGACAUGUUUUCCAUGGCUGGCACUCUAUUCCUAUGGAUAUACUGGCCAAGUUUUAACGGUGUGUUCGGAGCGCCUGAUUACGAGGCUCAGCAUCGCAUUGUAGUCAACACCUACCUUGGCCUGCUCUCGGGGACUGUUAUGGUUUUUAUCGUCUCCUUCCUUACAAGCAAAGAUGGGAAAUUCACCAUGGCCCAUAUCCAGAACGCGACCCUCGCUGGGGGAGUGGCCGUGGGAACUGCUGCUAACAUGAUGAUGUACCCAUGGGGAGCUCUGCUGGUCGGUGCGAUGGGGGGCACAAUCAGUACACUAGGCUUUGUUUACAUGUCGCCCUUGCUGCUUAAAUACCUGAAAAUAAACGAUGUCGCUGGUGUAAACAACUUGCACGGCAUGCCGGGAAUCCUUGGUGGCAUCGCAGGCGCUGUGAUAUCCGCGCAUGCGCAACCGGAAACAUACGGGCACCAAGGAUUGUACAGCGUCUUCAGUGCGCGUGCGCCGAUGGUAAACACCACUGAAUACGUUCAGCUGCAAGAGAUGGGCGUUGCCUUCACCCCCGGCUCAGGGCGUACCGCGAGACUGCAGGGGUGCUACCAAGCGGCAGGUCUCGCCGCGGCUAUCGGAAUCGCUCUUAUUGGUGGACUCCUCACAGGCCUGGUUGCACGCUUCCGCGCCUUCAACCCCCUAAAGAAACACCAGCUUUACGACGACUUCGACUUCUAUGUUUUACCUGAUAGUAACGAGUCGUACUCCGCGAUGGAGUUUAUCAUGUCAUCGCUGGGGAUGGACGACGAAAAGAAAGAAAAAACAGCCAAACAGGACAACAACAAGAACAAAGAGUCGGAGGAAGUGCAACUGAUGAAGGACAAAUGAGGUUGCCUACCAGUGCGACGCGUGCUAUCGUGGCCACCUUGACGGUUUCGUGAAAUAAGACAAUAAGGAUACAAGAAACGUGCUAUCUGAUACGACUCGCGCUAUCGAGGCUACCUUGACGGUUUCGUGAAAUAAGCCAAUAAGGGUACAAGAAACGUGUUAUCUGAUACGACGCGCGCUACCGUGUACAUCUUGACGGUUUUGUGAAGUAAACCAAGGAGGGUCCGAGCUGACAUGAACUUCGCUAGUAAACAAGGGUGGAAAAGAAAUACCUUUAUGCGGAUCAGAACACGACGGAAUUCGUUCCAGUCAUGAAGCGCUCGUCGCACUAUAAUAUUUUGUAUAAUCCGUAGGUGAUGGCUCAAGUAUUUUAUAUUAUUAUCUGAUAUUUACAUUUAUUUUGUAUUCUCUAUUUACUUGUAUCCUUUAUGUGCCUGCUGUGUGUUGUAUUGGCCUUAAAAUCUCAAAUUUUUA